CCCCGCGGCGCGUGGCGGGGCCGCGCUGGGUUCCGUUUCCGGCGCGCCUCGCUCUGGUCCCUGCGGCGGCGGCCGAGCCUUGUGCCUCCGCCAUAUUGUCUGUGUGCAGCGGCGGCGGCGGCGGCGGCGGCCGCGCCAGGUGGAGGAAUCCGAGGCCUUUCUCCUCCUCUCAGCGUUGCAGACCAGGUCGCCUCUGAUUUCACAUCUCGUCAUUUCCGCCUGCCAACCUGUCUGAUAUGUCGGGACCCGUGCCGAGCAGGGCCAGGGUUUACACGGAUGUGAACACACACAGACCCCGCGAGUACUGGGACUAUGAGUCGCACGUUGUUGAGUGGGGAAAUCAAGAUGACUACCAACUAGUUCGAAAAUUAGGCCGAGGCAAAUACAGUGAAGUAUUUGAAGCCAUCAACAUUACAAAUAAUGAAAAAGUAGUUGUUAAAAUUCUCAAGCCUGUUAAAAAGAAGAAAAUCAAGCGUGAAAUCAAGAUCUUAGAGAACUUGCGAGGUGGACCCAAUAUAAUCACCCUUGCAGAUAUAGUAAAAGAUCCUGUGUCUCGGACACCCGCUUUGGUUUUUGAACAUGUAAACAACACAGACUUUAAGCAAUUAUACCAGACAUUAACAGAUUAUGAUAUUCGAUUCUACAUGUAUGAGAUUUUGAAGGCUCUAGAUUACUGCCAUAGCAUGGGAAUCAUGCACAGAGAUGUCAAACCUCACAACGUCAUGAUUGACCAUGAGCACAGAAAGCUUAGACUAAUAGACUGGGGUUUGGCUGAAUUCUAUCACCCUGGCCAAGAGUACAAUGUCAGAGUGGCUUCCAGAUAUUUCAAAGGACCUGAACUCCUUGUAGAUUAUCAGAUGUAUGAUUACAGUCUGGAUAUGUGGAGCUUGGGUUGCAUGUUGGCUAGUAUGAUAUUCCGAAAGGAACCAUUUUUCCAUGGCCAUGACAACUAUGAUCAGCUGGUGAGGAUAGCCAAGGUGCUGGGGACAGAAGAUCUGUAUGACUACAUUGACAAAUACAACAUUGAGCUGGAUCCACGUUUCAAUGACAUCUUGGGCAGACACUCCCGUAAGCGAUGGGAGCGCUUUGUUCACAGCGAGAACCAACAUCUGGUGAGUCCAGAAGCUCUGGAUUUCUUAGACAAGCUGUUGCGAUACGAUCACCAGUCACGACUCACAGCGAGAGAAGCCAUGGAACACCCCUACUUCUAUCCCAUUGUGAAAGACCAGGCUCGGAUGGGCUCGUCCAACAUGCCGGGUGGCAGCACUCCUGUCAGCAGUGCGAGCAUGAUGUCAGGGAUUUCUUCAGUGCCAACACCUUCACCCCUUGGACCUCUAGCAGGCUCACCCGUCAUCUCUGCCACCACCACCCUGGGGAUGCCGGUUCCAGCUGCUGCAGGCGCCCAGCAGUAGUGACGGGCUCUGUCUCCUGCUGCCUGAGCUGAGUCAGGUGGGGAAGAGGUUUCCCCCUCCACCUCUCCUCAGGACGCAGCUCGUGCCUGGCAGGGGAAGGGAGGGGAUGAACGCUUUGGAGACACCGUGUCUGAACUGUUGCUUGUGGAUUUAUAGUAGUUCAGUCAUUAUAUACAAAAUUAUUAUAGGCUGAUUUUUCUUUUUUUACUUGAACUUUUCGUAACUCAGGGGAUUCCCUGAAAAUACCUACAGAUGGAAUAUUUCUUGGACAGUUUUUCUUUCCCCCCCCACCCCACCCCCCCCAAAAAAAGAAAAAAGUACUCUUCAUUUAAUAACAAAUGAAUCAACAGCAUUUCCAAGCUCUUGCAUCCUGCUGGAAAUCUCUUCUCUUCACGUUCCCACCAUUAUUCCUCCACGAGCCUACACCUUGGGGGAUUGUGCUCUUCUCCAGAGACUACCAAACCAAGUCUUCAUGAGGCAGGGGAGGGGGAUUCUUAAAGUACCACUCACUUUAACCCCAUGUCCUGCAUAUGUCCCAGCCAGGGUACACUGAGGAGACAAUUCCAGUAGGGAGAGGUGGGAUAAGCUUAAAAGGAAUAAGUGCAGAUAAUGUCCAAAACCCUAAUUGGAUUGGAUAAUGUCUCCUUAGGAGCCAACCAGAAUGCCAACUCACCCCUUGCAUGUAAUUUUAGUCUUAAAAAUGAGGUUACUGAUCCAAUUGGAGUCCUUGCCACCUCCCGAGACAGGUGCUCCUGUAGAGUAAAGCCCUACUCUGAUCAGCCCCUUUCUCACAGGAGGGUUCUUCCUGCCGUUGCUUGGGUUGGAUCUCUGGAAUUAGUUUGUUAUUGGGUAUAUUGUUUUUAAAUUGUUUCUAUAGGUUUCGAGCUGGUGGCUACUUAAAGCUGAAAAAAAAAAAAAAAUCAGACUGCGCCAAGUCCAGUCCCACAUCUUCACCCACCAUCCCCUCCCUCACGUGCCAUGUGGUGAGAAUACCAGUUACCUCACAGUCUUGUAAAUAUGCACUGAGAGGAAGGAGCAAGCAGACGUUAACUUAAACUGAAAUGGUAGAUCAGUAAUUGUGGACAAAUAUUAUCAUUGACAACGGAAAAAGCACCCUUGUUACAGCCCUGCUACCCCUUGCUGUGUAUAUAUACUUUGUCCUUCAUAUGUGAAAGAUCCAGUGUUGGAAUUCUUUGGUGUAAAUAAACAUUUGGUUUUAUUUAUCGA